AUGCUAAACAGACCUUGCUCUCUCUUGCCUCGCUCCAGCCAAAGUGCAGCGGCUCCGCCGCCGCCGCCUUCCCGCCCCGAUGCCCAGCAUGUGCCGCCCCUGGAGCCGCUGAGAACGGCCGGGCCCAGGAUGGAGAGCCGCCGGAGGGACAUGGAGCUGCUCAGCAACAGCAUGGCCGCGUACGCGCACAUCCGAGCCAACCCCGAGAGCUUCGGGCUCUACUUCGUGCUGGGCGUGUGCUUCGGGCUGGUGCUCACGCUGUGCCUGCUGGUGCUGCGCUUGUCCUGCCGGCCCUCCCCGCGGCCCCCGGCGCGCCCCGGCGACAUCAGCGACGACGACGACGACGACGACGACGAGGACGAAGAGGACACCGUGGACCGCGCGGCGUCUGAGUCGCUGCUGCCGGUGACCGAGAUCCCGCUGGAGAGCCACGGGCCCGGGGACGGGGCGCUGGCCGUGAACGUGUUCGCGUCGGCCGAGGAGCUGGAGCGGGCGCAGCGGCUGGAGGAGCGGGAGCGCAUCAUCCGCGAGAUCUGGCGCAACGGGCAGCCCGACAUCCUGGGCUCCGGCACCAUCGGCACCAUCGGCACCCUGGGCCGCGUCCACUACUACUGAGCCCGGCAGCUGCCCCGGCACGGUGUGUGCACCCCACGGCCGAUCCCGCACCGUGCCAGGAGGGACCAGGCGGACGGGGGAGCUGCUCGCUGCCCCAGAGCUGCCGGAGCCGCCUUGGACUGACCCCGCAGCACCGAGAGCCAUCCCCGGUGUCACGGGCACCCUCGGGGCUGGACUCGCCCCGCCACUGCGGGACACGAUGCACUUUGAGCCAUUGGUACGACGGCUGGCAGCAGCCGAGCAGCCCCGGGCACGCGGGGAUGGGGACGAGGACAAGGACGGGGCAGCCCUGGCUGGAUCUGGCGGGGGUUUCACCCGUGCGAGCCGUGGGCUCCUGCCCCACAAACACGGUGCUGUUGUACACGAACUGGAGCCCGGCGUGGCGGGUCUGGCCGGGUUCUGGGGGCCCUGGACCCCUCCCCGAGCCAA